GACGUAGCAGUCUUUGCUUAUGAACAUUGACCAAAACGUACACGGAACUUGGCUACAAGACUUUGAUGGCCGAUUGACGCAACAACCCCGAGAGUCGGCCGAUCGUACAGGCAGUCCGAAAGCUGCUUUAGCCCCUGCCCGCGGCGGGAAAGUUCAAAAAACCAACGCGCUCGCGUGCGCGCGUGAAAAUUGCGCCGAUUUUCGAGCGUUUUUGGUGGGUUUGUCGGUCUAUUUCGGUCGCAAGCUAUUUCGGCGCGAGUGAUGCCACACUUCAGCAGCGCCAACGCCGCCGGCACCACCAGCGAGCUCAUCCGGCUUUGGCGCAGUCGUCUCAAAGCAUCGCCCGCCAAACACCACGACAACCCUCCAUUACCACCACCACCACCACCACCACCACCACCACCACCACCACCACCACAACCACCACUACCACGACUCGCUACCAUACCACCACCACCACCGGCCGAAGGCGUCCUGUCGCAACGAUCAAAAAUGUCGGAGGCACAAGACUCAUCUCGUGUGUCGGAGCGCAGACAAAGUAGCGACGCCGGAAUCACAAGACAAAAAAGCGAGAUUGACGAGGAAAUGGACAACGCGAAGCAGAGAGAUGCUGCGUCAACUCCAAAAUCAGAAAGCCAGCAAACGGAGUUGCCAGCGGCGGCUUUGGCGUCGGCGCAGCAACGACCGCAGCAGCAGCCGCAGCAGCAGCAGCAGCAGCAGCAGCAGCAGCAGCAGCGAGCGUCAGUGGGUGAGUGCAACAAUUUGCUACCAGCGUUAGUCGAGCGUCUGCGUUCGGCCCUCGAGCUUUCGUGCUCGGCGAGUCCGAGCUGCAGCGAGGACAACAACCAGCUUUUGAGCCUCGAGGAUUCCGGAGUCGACUCCGAGGAGGACCUGCGCCUCCGGAGCACGCUCAACGAGCAGCAGCGGCAGCAACAGCAGGCGGCGCUGCGCAAGCCCAAGCUCGAUCUCAAGUUCCUCGAGGACAUACUGCUGGCGGACAUCCACACGGCACUCGCCACCCUGCAAGACACUCUCAAGCGGGUGGACGUCAACACGCUGACCAGAUACAACGCCAGUCUGGACUCGUCGAACAAGCUCCACUUGCUGAGACUCAUCUCGAACCUGUUGGCCAAGCUCAAGGUCCCCGAGGAGCUCGAGCGCCGGCAAGUCAGCCCGGCGGACGGCUUCCGGAGGCGCAAAGUCGAUCGCCACACGAUCGGCGUGUCGGCCGACGAGAUCGCGCGCGCGAGGCUCUGGCUGGACGACAGCUCGUGCGAGUCCUCGCCCAAGAUCGUCCUCGAGCGGACGCCGGCGGCGCGCGACGCCGCGGAGAGGACCGUCGAGGGCGCGCCCAGCGCGAGCGAGCCGCCGAGCCCCAUGAGCAACAGCACCUUCAACGACAAGUGCAUGAAGGACGCGAUCAAUCAGCAGCAGUCGUUGCAGAGCAAAAAGGACAGCGCUUGCCGAAGGUUCGACGGUCUGUGCAAGGACGACCUCGAGUUGAGCGAGAGCAGGGAGCGCAGGUCGUCGGCGUUCUGCCCCAGGUACAACAAGUUCACGGCCAAGAAGUGCAAGAUCAAGCGAGCCAACACCAUCGAUAUACCGAAUUACCUGCAGCUGAAGAGCGACGGCACGGAGCAAGUGCGUAACGGGUGCUUCGCACUGAGGAGGCCCAUCGACGUGAGCGAUCGCGUCAACGUCAGCGGCGCCAAGAAGGCCGUGCCGCUGUUCGAGCCCAAGACCGACAACGACCGCAAGUUUCUAGCGCUGAUCAACAAGAACAACACUGACGCCAACGCGAGCAACGCCGCCGGCCCCUUCGGGACUUUCGGCUGCCGCAAUCCGGCCUCGGUCGCUGACAAGAACUGGCAGAAUCGCUUCUCCAGCAUCAAGACCAACUUCGACAAGCAGCCGCGCGACGCCGACGGCGAGGCGCAGCCCGCGCGCAAAACCGGCGUCGUCGACGUGCGCCAAAAGUUCGAGACGCCGCACGGCCCGGCGAGGCAGCAGCAGAGCAGCUUCACCCACGCGCCCACGUCGCCCUUCCAGAAGAUCGAGAGAUCGGCCGCUCCCGCCAAGAUGGACUCGGCUCUGCCGAAACCAGGUUACGCGCCCAAGACGAGCGCGCUGCAGGCCAAGCUAAAAAUAUUCGACCACGAGGCCAAAAAUAAGCCCGCGGAGCCGUCAAGGAAGCUCGCCGCCGCCGCCGCCGCCGCCGCGCCCGCGCCCGCGGCGCCUCAACCACCGGCGGCGGCGCCGCCGCUGGACAAUAGCUACUACUCGUUCUGCAGGCAAUUCGCGCCGUUCGCCAGUGGCAAGCAGGACGGCCAGUCGAGCGUCGGCGCGGCCAAGUGCAAGUUGCUGACGAGUCUCGCGAGGGCGCCGAACAAGACGGACGCGGCCGCGCACGACAGAGCGAGAGAGCCGAGCAAGGCCUUCCCGGCGAAGCAGCAUCGCGGGGAUUACCGCCGCGACUUCGCCAAGCAGUAUUCCUAUCGCAAGCCGUACGACGGCUACGCGGACGAUUGUCGGCAGCUCGACGCGCAGAGCAACGAGCGCCCCAAGCCCGAGGGCAGGCUCGAAGCGCCGACGCAGAGCGUCGCGGUACAGACCAGCAACGAGUCGGCCGACGCGAGGCCGUCGGAGCCAGAGCCGCGGACGCCGAGGAAGCAGCGCAGCAACGUCUCCGUGCAGACCGCCAGUCCGAGCCUCGCUCCUGCGACGGCGCACGGCGACGACAGCCCGAGUCGGGUGUCACCGAUGCCGCCGCAAGCGGCAGCGAGCGCGAGUGUCGCGUCGCCGAUGCCCUGUCCGCCGCCAAUGUACAAGCCAAGUUACGAGCAGAACGCACCACCGAACUACCACAACCCCGGCUACCUGUCGGAUCAGAAUUAUUACGCGACCGAUAACGGCCUCGCCUAUCCGCCGUAUCGGAAGCCACUCGCCCAACCUCAACAACCUCCUUUGCGGCCGCUGAUCGCUGAUUCUCAAGCCCUCGUCCGGCCGAUUUCGAACGACUCUCGCCGCCCCACCGAAUCGGCUCAGCCGGCAACUCAUCUGCCCAUUUGUCAGAAGCUCUACAACGAAUUCAGUAAGCUUCCGGACCCUCAACCACUUCGGGAUUACAGCAAAACUGACGCCGUACCUUUCGCGGCCUACGAGAACAAGGUGGAUACUCUGAAACCGAUCGUCGACGUUUACGAGGAGAAAGCAUUAUCGGACGUUGCCGAAGAACACAUCGAGAACCAAGAGCUAAGUUCCGAUGGAAUUGUCACUCGUUACACCAGUGCCAUAGCCACCGUGUCGUCGAUGCCAGAUAGCCCGGAGCCCACGACCUACGAUCCCGUAGUGACGCGCAUCAAGGAAGCUCAGCCGCGACACUUUGCCGAGACGACUACUAUUCCCGUACCUAAUACCGAACGAAAAAAUGUCUCGCCCCUCGACGAGAUUCAGCGUCACAAUAUGCUUCAACAGACUCUCAUUCGCCGUAUGCAGAACGAGCAACAGCAGCAGCAGCAGCAGCAGCAUGUUGCUGAUAAAAUACCAACCAGAAGAUUCUCCCAGGAGAUUACAAUUAGAAAAGACAACCUGUCGCUCAGUCCCACCCAAGUUGGUAGAGUUUGUGCUCUGAAAGCUCUGAACGAGAGUCACAAAGCUCAAGAGAAGAUCCACAUGUUCGAGGAGAAGAGGUUCAAUAGUAAACAGGUGUUCCGACCGGUGAACAUGCCGUCCAAGUUGAAUUCGCCAGCGCCGACAAUACAGAACGAACGAUCGCCGAUCAGGAGUCCUGUCGACUCGAGCGACGAGUACCUGAUGUCUUGCGCCAACAAACCAACCAGAAACAUCGUUUUGUCCAAGUCCGAGUCGUGGCAUCAGUUAGCAUUGGCGAACAAGGGAGGACUACAACUGCCGCAGCCAAGCCCGCAGAAACCGCCGAAACCGAAGUCGCCGAUGAGAUUUACGAAGCAGUUCGAGGCUCCGGCCGCGUCGGACAAUAUGCGCAAAAUGGAAGAGAAGGUUCAGCAAUAUUUCCAGAGCAGCGCUGGCCAGGGAGAGGCCAAACAGACCAAAUCGAAAAGCAGUCGCAACUUGCAGUCGAAGAAAGCGAGCAACAGCUUGAUGAGGAGCCACACGAUGCCACACCUGUACGACGAUCGUCUGUUCGACGACGCUGUCGACGUUGACCAAGCCUUCGACAGUAUCUUCAAAGAGGCGACUCGCACUGACAAUCGUCUCUGA